AUGCCGCCACUACUUUCCGUCUGGACGGGCCCCUCCCUCCGUUUCGACCUUGUAGCCGAGUGUUCCACGACUCGAGCCCGUGCCUGUAGGCUCUUCUUUCCGUCACAUUGUCCCGCGGGUCCCGUCAAGACUCCUGUCUACAUGCCCGUGGGUACCCAGGGUACCAUCAAGGGAAUUACUGUGGGUCAGCUAGAGUCAAUCGAUUGUCGUCUGCUUCUGGGUAACGCCUACCACCUUGGCCAUCGGCCUGGGCCCAAAACGCUAACGCUUGCUGGUGGGCUCCACCACUUUAUGUCCUGGCCUCGUGGGAUUCUCACCGACUCCGGAGGCUUCCAGAUGGUUUCUCUCUCUAAACUCUCCUCCACAGAUGAAAACGGAACUCACUUCUGUUCACCUCAUGACGGUUCGGAAAUGCUCCUCACACCUGAGGAAUCGGUGGGACGGAUCCAGGCUUCGAUCGGGUCGGAUAUUGUAAUGCAGUUGGAUCAUGUGUUGCAUGUUAAGACCACAGGAGAAAAUGUGUAUGACGCCACUAGAAGGUCUGUGAGAUGGUUGGACAGAUGCAUCGAGGCACAUAAACCGCAGCUAGAGAAACAAAACCUCUUUGCAAUUACUCAGGGUGCAUUGUAUGAAGACUUGCGGGAAGAGUGCGUUGGGGAAAUGAAGAAACGGAAGGACAAAGUACAAGGCUUUGCCAUUGGUGGCUUGAGCGGGGGCGAAUCGAAGGCCGACUUUUGUCGAACUGUUCACCACUCUACUGGUUUACUGCCUCGUGAUAGACCACGCUACUUAAUGGGCGUCGGAUUCCCUGUCGAUUUGAUCGUCUGUGUCGCAUUAGGCUGUGACAUGUUCGAUUGUGUUUUCCCAACCAGGACAGCCCGAUUCGGUCAGGCAUUGGUUAGCUGGGGGCAGGCAAAUAUCAUAGUCAAUCUCCGCCUGGCCGACUAUACAUACGACUUUCGUGCGAUAGAGCCUGGAUGUCCGUGUCCGGCGUGCUCGGGCGGCGUGUGCCGUUCCUGGCUUCACGCUGCUUUCGGUGCGCGCCAGCCCUCUGCCGCCUCCUACGUCAGCCUCCACAACUUGACGUACCUUCUAGUUCUCAUGCGCCGCGCUAGAGAAGCCAUUCUAGCCGAUCGCUUCCCGGGCUUCGUUCGAGAAUUCUUCCGGUGCCGCUGCAGACCUCCCAAAAGUGACAGUGGCGAGGAAAAUGUCUACAUCGAUGCGGAAUACGAAUUCGACAAAGUGCCGCCGUGGUGUGUAGAGGCUCUGAAAAAGGUCUCCAUUGAACUAUGA